AUGUAUUUCAGCCUUCUUACCCUUCUGUCUUGUUUUACAUUGCAGAGUGGCGACACCUACAAGGAGGCGGAAUUUGCGGCGGCGCAGAGCCAAGGUCAGAACCAGUGGUCGUAUUCCAGUUGGAAAGAUUGGGAGGAAGAUUGGGACGAUGGGGAAGGGGACUGGCAGUCCUCGAGGUCUUCUCAUCCCACUACAAGAGGGAAGAGUCCAUCUGCCCAUGCCUCUCGAAAGCCAAAGGGAAGGCGUUCCAAAGCAAGCAAAAAUCAUGGUGGUCCCAAGGGCAGGGGCAAGGGGAAGAAUGCCAAGUCGCAGGACUCAGCCGUCACUGCUACCUCUUCUCCGCCUCCCCCUACACCAUGGCCAUCAUUCGAACAGCCACCAGCAUUGCCUGCUACGACUCAAGCCGUAGCACCAACUACCGCUGCUCUCAAUCAACACAAUGCAGAUUGGAUUGCAGCAAUCAAACAAGACUAUCCAGAUCGAAGCACCAUGCCGGAGAAUCUGCGAGCCAUGGUGGAGAAACACGAGAAAACUCAAGCCAAAAGCGCUGUAAAGUCUCUUCACUCCGCCACUACAGCAUUGGACAAGGCCCAACGCCAGUUAUCCGAGACGCUGGAUGCAAAGCAGAAGCAUCGGGCUUCUUGGAUCAGCCAUUUGACCGAAAGUCUCAAGGUAUGGGAGGCCUCACUGGAGGAAUACAGAAGACAUCAAGCCGGGUUACAAGAGCUAGUGGCCAAAGCCAAGGAAGAUAUCACAGCUGCACGCAAAGAUAUCGAGAGGCUCAAUGCCCAAGUAGGUACUCAGCAGAACGCUCAGACCCCCCUAGCGGUGGAAACUCAGCCAGAAGAUUCCACCGACUGCGAGGAAGAGCGUCUGCGUGCUGCGCUGCAAGGUACCUUACAAGCAUGUGCUGGAUCGCUUGGUUUACAGGUGGCAACUCCCAGCUCACCUGUCCAAACUAUUGUUUCGGACGAGGAGAAGGAGGGCCAGCCGGGCAAGCGUUUGAGAGCUGCCGACCAGGAGGGCAAGAUGCAGCCCACGGCACCGAAGCAGAAUUGCAAGCAGCUCUUGACAGAGAUUACUGCUCCGGCUCCAGCUAUUGCAAAGUCAGAAGUGCCAAGUCGAGCUUGUCAGGUCCAUGAACCUGGCUUAUCGUCAGACUCAAUCAUUGAUUUCAUCCCUGGUGCCCCGGCGUUUGGUUUUCAUGCAGGGAGUUCUUUUUCAUUUGUUUCUGUCGACAAUGACCCGCAUGAGAAGCCUGACAUGCCAAAGCCUCGACAGAGCGACGCUGAAGAUAGCCUAACCGAUGAAUUUCUUCAAGCUGUCCGUGCAGCAAAUGAAGCUAUUGACAACGCACCACAAUUCCCUAACAAUGAACCAGAACUUGCUUCACAACCUGCUUUUAUUCAAGAGUUAUGGGAGAUUUGGACUGCGCAUGCGACACUCGGUCCAGGCUUCGUAGAGCCCUUAGCUCGUAUUGAAACCUGGUACACUGACCACCGAAGGCAACUUCGUUGUCUGCUUCCGAGAGUAGUUGUAUUACCUCGUGAAUUUUCGACAUGGGAGGCACUCAUCCUUAAUGCCUGGACUGAUGUAGCUCUUCAAGGAGUCGAGACUUCCCUUCACUUGGUCUAUCCUACUCCCGAAGAUUGCGCUCCUGGAAUUUGUGCCCAAAUUGUUGUUGUGCAGCAACCCCUCGAGCAUAUGAAGUCCUUGGUCAUUUCUGUGUAUGAUUCAGCCAGGGAGUCCCAGAGACCUUCCUCUUUCUGCCAGGUGCUCCCAGCCCGAUUGGGCAUUGAUGAAGUCCUAGCAGCGACUGGUCUGUCCGAAGUAUGUGACACACGCCUUCCGCAGAACGAGUGCUCACUUUGGUACGGAACGACGCCCAUUCGUUCUGGCCAGAGGGUCUUUGUGCGCAGCGGCUAUGCAUUACGUCUUAGUGUUCGCCGCGGCCUUGCCAUAGAACUGCCCGACUUGCUCCAAAUGUCUGAUCAUGCCUUGAGAGUUCAGCUUCAAUCCGCGAUGUGGGGAGUUUUGUAUCGACGGCCUCCCUGGCCAGCGUUCUCAGGGGACGUUUACGCAAUGCCGAAUAGCAGUCAUUGGCCCAGAGCAGAGCCCAUUGAGGUUGCUGACACCCAUGAUGAGGCAACAGCCAGCAAUGAGCGAAGGCUGGAUGUACCUGACUGGAUUCGAAGUCUUAGGGAUAUCCAUUUUGCCAGGGCUCAUGUGGACGAUCCUGAGGAAGGUGCGAUUCUUUCGGUGAGUGUAUGGUUUGUGCACGGGCAUACUGAAGAGUCAUGUCUUCAUCCAAAGGUGGUUCGUCUUGACGCGGAUCAGUUUUCCUGGCGCUCUACCAUGGUCGUGGCAUGGUUAGAUAGCAUUCGCAGAGCACAACCUAUCGACUUUCAUGUAGUCACACCGUUGCCGCCUGAUGUGCAUGGAGCCUCUUCUGAUGUCCAUGUUAUUCUUUCGCAGCAACUUUUUGCUGAUCAGAGAGCUAUUCUCGUUACAGCAGGGAUCCCAGACGCUGAAUUUUCUGGUAAGCAGCGGGCUGCCAUUGUCACUGGUCAAGUUGCUGCAAUGGAUAUUCGCUCUGUCAUGCCCUCUGCGUUGCGAACAUUUGGCAUUCUUCAGGUCUCUCAAGGAGACUACGUGUUCCCGGAAGAGCAGUCCUUUCGAGUUGCCAAUGGAGAUUCCUUUGUCCUCUCUAUCGCUCCAGUUGGAAGCGGUCGUGCUGGACAAGCCACCUCUGCUCAACAUGAUGAGGAGGCUGAGGAUGAGACCUUGAUGUUGCAACUGGCCACCUUUCCGCGCCCUGUAGAACCAAAGGCAGAUCCCACACCAGCCUUCCACGCCAGCCCACCCAGUCUUGUGGUGGCUUACUGCUCACGAGAUGAUUGGCCGAAUCAGAUUGCGGGUACCCAGAUCCAACUAACUCCACUGCCUGAGGGGCUUGAUCUCACUGCCCACACCUUGUUUGCGAUGUCAUGCCCAGAACAUUCCUGCGAGCCUGAACUUGCCCACAAGGUGGCGCUAUAUGUUGACGGGUCUGUUUGUGCAGGACAUGCUGCUUGGAGUGUUGUAGCAGUUAAAUAUGAUGCAGUUGGAGCACCCGCAUUGCAGGGAUGUCUGUCAGGCACGGUUCCGACAUCCACAGAAUGUCCUCAAUGGAUUGGAGCCCAGAGUGAAGACAACAUCAGUGCGGAACUCACUGCAGUCGUUGCUGCCAUGGUUGCGGCAUUAUGCAUGGACAGCGGCGAGUCGAUUGUGGUUCGGCCUGAUCUUAAAUUAAGCGUCAAGUUAGCCACCUUGGAGUGGCAAUGUUCUGCACACCCUGAACUCGGGCGCCUUUGUCAAGUGCUUGGCGCAUGGUUCCGCAAAAUUCAUGGCACUUUUUGUGAAGUGCGCGGCCACACCAAACACCCAUGGAAUGAUCUAGCAGACUCACUGGCGCGAUGGUCUGCGAGUAGCCAACUACAGUGUGGUGACAUUGACUGGUUACCUUUUCAUGAGUUGAUUUGUUCGCAUGAUGUCAACUGGGCCUGGCUUUUCAAUGCUGGUCCCUCACUUCACCAAUGCCUUCCCCCAGGGUCGGCAGGAGGCUCAUGGCAGAUCACUCCUUCCUAUCGUCGGACUUACAUGCCUCAGUUUUUGCCACCUGACGAGACUUGGAUUCAGUUUGAUUUUUGUAUCGCAUCCGCCAAUGUCCUUGCGCUCAGUGACGAGCUGCCUGAUAUGCCUGCUUCUACCGCAGCUGACCGAGCAGUCCGUCUUGACAGACAGUGGCAUGCACAGUUUGAUGGAGGAUUCGCACACGAUGACCAUUUUCCGGUUGUGAUGGCAUGCCAAGGGUGGUUGAAGUCCUCCCUGGGGGCUCGGAAAACAGUUUGGGAUCCUCGUGCAUUUGUUGACCCGGUUAAGAAGAAGCAAUUUCAAGAUGCCUUACAAACAAUGCCCAUUCCUGACUGGAGCACACAUGUUGACAACCAUGCUGCCUUGCUUGAAGCCAAUGUCUUGCAACUUGCUAAGCAGCAUUUUCAGAAAACAUCUCGUGAUCGCAUGAGGCCACGUCUCUCUGAAAGUACACGAAAUUUCAUUUCAUUCAAGCGCUCCUGCCUUGACUAUGGCAGAUCUCAACAGCUGAUGAAUGACAGGACUUUUAGAGCGCAAUUGAGAGGCCUUGAGAAGGAGACGCGUCAAAGAGUUCGGCAGGAUCAACGUCAAUUUUAUGAUGGAUUGGUGCAUGACUUGAGCAAAGCAGGGGAAUUGCACGAUGCCAGACACGUGUACAAGCUUCUCUCGAGGCUUGGGGGACGAUCCCCAAAACGACCAACAGCGAAUGCCUUGCCCUUGCUUAAACAGAAUGGUGCUCCUGUCACGUCCUUUCCUGCCCAACAAAGAUUAUGGAUGAAACAGUUCGCUGAAGUUGAGGCGGCCAACAUCAUGUCCCGCGAUGAGUUUUCUAGGUUGCUGCCAGCUUGUCUCGGUAUUGCUCCCUGUGAUCUUGCUUUUGAAGUUUUCCCGGAUGUCCAUGAAGUGAUGCAGCAAAUUCAUCGUGCCAAGCGAGGGAAGGCUGCACAUCGACGUGGCCUUGAACUUACCAUUGGUGAUGGGAAAACAGAGUUACUGUGGGCUCUUCGAGGUGAAGGGAAAAAGCGUAUUCUCCAGGAGACUGCCGUUAGUGGCAAUUCCAUUGCAGUGCCUCUUCCCGAACCACAUUUGUCCCUUCAGUUACCAGUUGUCUUGUCCUAUAAGCAUCUGGGCACCUGGGUUCAAAAUGACGCCAAGCCACUCAGAGCUAUUCGUUCCAGAGUUUCGGCGGCGAAGCAGGCAUGGGCUCCCCUUGUGCGACCCUUUCUUUCCAAGAAAGGAAUUUUGAUGCGUACCAAGCUGCAGGUGUUUGAGUCUCUGGUUUUGUCCCGGUUUCUCUUCAAUGCCCAUACAUGGAGUCUGGUACUCCCCUCGCAAUUGGCGGAAUGGGCGGCUGGAUUGCGCCCCAUGUUGUACUCAUUUGCCAAGCCAUUGCUGCGGGGUCAGGCACCCUUCUCAUUUGAUGUUGAUACUCUCUGUGGAGUGUGUGAAUUGUUGGCACCGCUGGAUUUGCUACAUGUUGCUCGGCUCCGAUACUUUAAGCGCAUGCUUGACCAUUGUCCCACCACAUUAUGGCAUAUGCUGAAGGCCACUGCCGCUGCAGAAGGCUCAUGGUUGGACCAUUUGCGUGGGUCCUUUCAAUGGUUGUGUCGGUUUAGUCAUGCAAAGUUUGGACUUUCUGCCGAAGCUGGUCUU